CUAACCCUGGCAGUUUGACAGUCCCCAGUGUGUGACUUCUGACACUCCUCUCUCAGCAUGGAAAACCCACCUCAGUUCAGGCUGUACCCCUAGAAAAACUUCAAGCUACUUAAACUUCGGAUUAUGGAUUCCUCUACAAACAGUUUGGAUGACGUAUCGGCAGACAGCAGCGCUGAGUUCCCCGACCGAACCUCUAUGAUGGAGGUGCGUCUGCAAGCGCAGGAGGAUGAGAUCACGCUGCUGAAAUCCUCACUGGCUGACGCCCUGCGCAGGAUCCGCCUCCACGAUCAGCUCUUACCAUUACUGAAACAGCAGCUGGUUGCAGUGAACCCGGCUGCUGCACGAGUGCUGAACCAAGUGUGCUGCUCAGACAGUUGUACCGGCGCCAGAAAACUGUCCUCCAGCUCUGCCAGCGACGGGAUCCGUCACCCUGCUACCAGCCAACUGUCAGACAGCAUCGUGACCAAUACCAAUGGCCACAUAGGAAGUCCUGUUUCCAUGAAGCCAAGACCCGGACCAGCAACACUGGACAGGUCAACCCAGACAGAGCCCACCCUUCCUGGGCAGGACACUGGGCAGGACAGGGCUCCUCCUCCUAGGCGUGUCAAGAGCCUACAACUGGAGGACGCCCUCCCCCAAGGGGAGUCCAAGGUUGAGGGGACACGGGCCAAGCUCCACCGCAUCCCAGGCUUGGAAGAGGAGGAUGAGGAGCAGGAAGAGGAUGAAGAAGGAGGAGGGGAGCAGGAAAAGGAGCUGAGCUGGAUGUCGUCAGUGGAGGAGCCCAUUCAACCCACCACCAUCAGAGGCCUCCAGAGGGAGGACUUCCAGGACAGAAGCUGCUCUCCGGAGGAGCCGGCCUCUGUUAGAACCUCAGACCAGAACCUCAGCUCCCGUGCCGGACCCCUGUCCCCCAUCCAGGAAGGAGAGAAGAAACCUCUGGUUCGUAGGAACAGCGAGAAACUGGGGAACCCGGAGAAGCAGAGGAAACGUCUGGACAAGAAGGCGGCGUCCUCGGCCAACCUCCUCACCCGCUCCCCCAGCCUGGAGAAUCGGGCUAAGGAGCUGAUUGCCAGUGCAGGAUCCCCCGGGUCCAGAAGAGGAACCUACAGCCAAGAACAGUCAAUCAAAAUGUUCAUCCGAGGCCGGCCGAUAACCAUGUACAUCCCAUCUAACAUCCAGAACUAUGAAGACCUGAAGAUGGAGCCACCCUCCGAGAGACUGGAGCUGGACUGGGUUUAUGGUUACCGGGGACGGGACUGCCGGGCCAACCUGUACUUCCUUCCGACAGGCGAGGCAGUGUACUUUAUUGCCUGUGUUGUUGUGCUUUACCACAUCAACAACCGCACACAACGCCACUAUCGUAAACACACAGACUGUGUCCGCUGGAGUAUGGCUUGUGUGCUGGUUUCUGCCCUAAUGGAUCAGUGGUUUCAGUUGGCCUCAGCACAGGAAGGUGGCUGGUCCUGGACCUGCUGACCAGAGAGGUGGUCUCUGAGUCCACUGAUGGGAACGAGCAGCUGUCUGUCAUGAGAUACUCACCAGAUGGCAGCUUUUUAGCUGUUGGGUCCCAUGACAACUUCAUUUACAUCUACAAUGUGACGGAGAGUGGCCGGCGUUACACCCGCUUCGGGAAAUGUAAUGGUCACUCCAGCUUCAUAACUCACCUGGAUUGGUCCAAAGAUGGAAAGUACAUCAUGUCUAAUUCAGGCGACUAUGAGAUCCUGUACUGGGACAUAGCGGCAGGCUGUAAACUGCUGAGGAACCGCUUUGAGAGCAAAGACAGAGAGUGGGCCUCCUACACCUGUGUGCUGGGCUUCCACGUCAUGGGUGUGUGGUUGGAGGGUUCUGAUGGUACCGACAUCAACGCCCUGUGUCGCUCUGACAGUGAGAGGAUGGUGGCUGUAGCUGAUGACUUCUGUAAAGUCCACCUCUUCCAGUACCCCUGUCCUAAACCUAAGGCACCGAGCCACAAGUAUGAUGGCCACGGCAGCCACGUCACCAACGUCUGCUUCACUCAUAGCGACUCCCACCUCCUCUCCAUGGGCGGGAAGGACACCUGCAUCCUUCAGUGGAAGGUGGUGGGAGGUGGGGUGGGCGACAGCAGAGAGAGACUGGCCUCUGCCUCAUCCACCUCCACCAGCUCUCCAGAACCUGCCACCAGCUAAAGGAAAGUUGUGGACAGUGACAGAGGGCGGAACUGUUUACACGCAGCCAGAGAGGCGUGUUCGUCAGCAGACAGCGGCCGCAGUCGGGCCUCUGCGGUGCCACUGCUGUGUCGGUUUCAUACAGAACAUGUAGAAGAAUCCUCUCCAGGAGGAAUGUCCAUAUUAAAUUUACAUUUACACGCCUCCAUAGUCAUGUAAAUCCUUGUGAAACUGGACAGUGUGAUGUGUGAACCCAGAAUCUCUGUCGUUCUGUGAUAUGUGGCGAGGAUCAUUAGAAGUGGUUGUGUAUGUGUGCUCGUACAGAACAUGACUGGACUUCUGUGACAAAGACUUUGGUUUCAGUGAACAUUCCUGCGUUUUAGUCCAUCUUUUUUAUCCAACUUACCAAAGUGCUGCAUCGUGGCGUUUGUCAUUGGCCUUAUCAAGACGUUUUCAUCAUGUUUUUACAUAUUUUUAAUAUCUGAAGCAGUGUUUGGUUUACAUCUCAGCUAAUACUGAAUCUGUUUUAUGCUUGUGUUAGACUGACUGUGACAAACCUGUUCCAAUGAAAUCAUUUCUGACUAAUUCAUUUCUCUAACAGUAGAGUUUUAUAUAUUUAAGAGAACAUUGGGAAUACUGUGAUGUUGUAUCUGUCAAGCUCCCAAUAAAUAACUGAAGACUGGAAA